UGGAGAAGUCUAGACGAUGGCGAGAACGGGGCCCUGCCAGCUAGUGAGGCGAGGUCUCGGACCCGCGCCUGAGGAGGAGCUCUGGCCUAGCCCGGAGCGGGAGGAGGGGCCCGGGCCGUAGCCUGCUCUUCCCUGGGCUUGGAGCCAUUAAUGGGGGGAAAUUCCUCUGCUGCGGACGGGAGGGGUCAUCCUUUCUUCCCUCAGAGGUCAAAAUCAGCAGCCCUCUUCGACGGGGACAUCGCGAUGGAGUGGCCUGUGGACUUCUGCAGCUUGCACAACUCCGAGUGCUCGCUCGGCGGACGGGAGAUUUCGAUUAUGGAGGGCGCACAUCCCUUUCUCUAAGCGUGGGCGUGUAUGGUCUGCAAAGUUGUUAUUGCUAAUACAGUAAUAAUCGCUUUCAGGCACAACAGGUACUGCGUUUCCCAAGGCCUACUGUCAGCUAAGGAUUCUGGCAGUGGGGAAACUGCGCCGUAGGGCGCAAUUAAGGAGUGGAAAGAAGACAAAGAGGCCGUUAUACGCUCUGCCCUAGUGUCAAAACUUUCCGUGGUGGGCAGGACGCGGAGCUAUUGGCAUUUGUUUGGUCUUUGCUGCGUGGACUUUCUGGGUGAUUGAGAAAAUGAUGCAUCCUGUUGCCAACAGUAAUCCAGCUUUCUGUGGGCCUGGCAAGCCUUCUUGCCUCAGUGAAGAUGCCAUGAGAGCUGCCGAUCAGUUUGACAUAUACUCCUCCCAGCAAAGCAAAUACAGCCACACAGUCAGCCACAAACCAAUGGCUUGUCAGAGGCCAGACCCGUUAAACGACACGCACUUGCAGACUACAAGUGGCAGAAGCAUAGAGAUAAAAGAUGAACUAAAGAAAAAGAAAAGUCUCAAUCGAUCUGAGAAGAAACACGGUGACUUAUGGUCAGAGGAGCAGCAGGCCCCCCCGCUCCAUGUGGGGGCUGUGUACAUGAGCGAAGAGGAGCCUUCGCAUGGCCUGAUGGGCCCAGACAUAUCAGCAGAAGAGGCCGGGGCAGUGCUGGGGCUGGACGCGGAAGGCGACAGCGCGGCGAUGCUGUCUGUGGUUCCUGGGGAAGCCAAGGGCAAACGGAGCUCGGAGCCCAGCGAUGGCACCUGCAGGGCCGGAGGGAACGAGGACUCUCGGUGCAGCCUCCGGGAGCACCUCUUUUCUCUGGAUAGCGCCGGAGCCAACUUCCCGGACAGGGAUGAGGAGGAUUACCCGGAGCCGGAAGUAGCCGGGGCCGACGCAGCCCCUGCGGAGGACUCCAAUCACACGGACAGCCAGAAAUCCCCCAAGGUCAACUGCGAGGAGAGGAACGUCACUGGCAUCGAAAAUUUCACCCUGAAAAUUUUAAAUACGUCACAGGACCUUAUGGAUUUUCUAGACCCCAACGGCAGUGACUGUACGCUAGUACUGUUUUACACCCCUUGGUGCCGAUUUUCUGCCAGUUUGGCUCCUCAUUUUAACUCUCUGCCCCGGGCAUUUCCAGCUCUUCAUUUUUUGGCCCUGGAUGCAUCUCAGCAUAGCAGCCUUUCAACCAGGUUUGGCACGGUAGCUGUUCCUAACAUCUUGUUAUUUCAAGGAGCUAAACCGAUGGCUAGAUUUAAUCACACAGACCGAACACUGGAGACGCUGAAAAUCUUCAUUUUUAACCAGACAGGUAUAGAAGCCAAGAAGAAUGUGGUGGUAAGUCAAGCUGACCAAGUAGGCCCUCUUCCCAGCACGACGACAAGGAAUGUGGACUGGUUGCUCGUGUUCUCCUUAUUCUUUUUAACUAGUUUUAUUAUGUAUGCUACCAUUCGAACUGAGAACAUCCGGCGGCUAAUUCCAGGACAGGAGCAGGAGCACGCGGAGUAGGGAUGGAGUGAAGGACGUUGGAAAGAGGCAUUUCAUUCAGUCCUUUGUUUCAGAAAUGAAUGCUGCGAUUUCAUACAUUUUCUCUCUCCAGUGAAGAGCUGACAACUGCAGUCAAAGAAUCAUGCAUUCGUUGAACUGUUAAAUGUGUAAAAAAUUAUAAACUGGUGUUUUAACUAGUAUUCCAAUAAAACAAUGCAAAAACA